AUGAAGAGCACGAGAAACCAGAGCAGUGCAUCUGAGUUCAUUCUCCUGGGGCUCCCCAUCCGACCAGAGGAGCAAGGCAUGUACUAUGCCCUGUUUCUGGCUACAUACCUGACCACAGUACUGGGGAACCUGCUCAUCAUCCUGCUCAUCAGGCUGGACUCUCACCUCCACACCCCCAUGUACUUCUUCCUCAGUCACUUGGCCUUCACAGACAUCUCUUUCUCAUCAGUCACAGCUCCAAAGAUGCUCAUGAAUAUGCUGACAAACAGUCAGUCCAUCCCAUAUGCUGGGUGCAUUUCCCAGGUGUAUUUUUUCUUGUUUUUUGCAGAUCUUGACAGCUUUCUUCUGACCUCCAUGGCCUAUGACAGAUAUGUGGCCAUCUGCCACCCCCUCCACUAUACCAGGAUCAUGAGUCAGAGUGUCUGUACCUUACUAGUCAUUGCAUCCUGGUUUUUAUCUUUUGCUGGUGCCCUUGUGCACACUCUUCUUCUAGCUCGUCUCUCUUUCUUUAGAGGUAACACUCUCCACCACUUCUUCUGUGACCUGUCUGCCUUAAUUAAGCUCUCUAGCUCAGAUACCUCCAUCAAUGAGCUGGUCAUCCUCGUUGUAGGAUCACUGGUCAUCACUGUUCCAUUCAUAUGUAUCCUGGUUUCAUAUGGACGCAUUGGAGCCACUAUCUUGAAAACCCCCUCCAUCAAGGGAGUCUGCAAGGCCUUUUCCACAUGUGGCUCUCACCUCUCUGUGGUUUCUCUUUAUUAUGGAGCUAUUAUUGGGCUAUAUUUUGUCCCCUCAUCAAAUGAUACUAAUGACAAAGAUGUCAUUGUGGCUGUGAUGUACACUAUGGUCACACCCAUGCUGAAUCCCUUUAUUUACAGUCUGAGGAAUCGGGAUAUGAAAGGAGCAUUGAGAAAUACAUUUGCAAGAGCAACUUUUUUCAUGUAAUUAGCUUUUUCUGCUACACUAAGGGAAGUUGCAAUGUCCUCACUAUCUAACGGGUUCUCUCCUCUGGGAAAUGCUAUUUCUUAAUGAUUC